AUGUUUAUCAAUUACGUAAUUUUUUGGACAUUAUUGCAAUAUGUUUAAAGUUGCUCAGUAAGUUUCCUUUAUUAUCAUAGAUUAGAAAUUAAUUGUUCUAAUAUUCCUAUAAUGUUUAAAAUUAACCUAACAUUAUUCCUUUAGGAGAGCUUUUUAAUGGCUCAGCAUUAUAAUUCAGCAUUCUAAACAAUAAUAAUUCAUAAGACUAUAAAAUAUUCCAAUCAGUUGAUUUAUUGCAAACUAAUAAUAAUACAUUAGCUGUAACCUAAGUCAUUUCAACUUCUCAAUUUCCUAUCAUAUAGAAUGCAUAAGUCUAAAUCUAAAUUAUUUUCCUCACAUUAUCAAAUACUAUAUAUUAGUUAUACAUGACAACAUGGGAAUCCAGUUCCAUAGAUUCAAAAUACCAACUCUUAGGCACUCUUAUUAAUGUAUAAAAUUGUAAUAGAAUGGUUCAUUUAAAUCAAAAUGAAAUAGUCAUACUCUGUUCAAAUUAUUUAGUUUUAUAUAACAGUAUGACCUCAUAAUCGAAUUAUACAAAUAUAGAUUCACCAACAUUUACCAUUAAUUACUCUUGGCUCAAAGCUAUUAAUAAUGGUAUUUACUAAUAAUUAUUAAUCUUAAGAUACUGUAUAUGUUUCCUUUUCUGAUGGACAUUCAAGUUUCACUUCCACUGGUUAUAUCAAUAAUAAUUAACAGUUUCUAAAAUUCGAUCUUAUAAAUUAUAAUGGCACAGUCACAGGAUUCGAUAUCUAUUCCAAUAAUACAUAUUUUAUAUUGAGAAAUUCUAUACUUUCAUAUGUUAAUAAGAAUUCACAAAUUAAUUGUAAUAUCCAAUUUACUUCUUAAUCUUUUAUGAGCACUUAUUCAGGACUCAAUAAAUUAGGUGAAGCUCAUUUCUAUAUUGGAAUUAUUAAUCAAACUAUACUCACCCAAUUUAUUUUUAACUCUGAUAAUUUCUAAUUCACUCCAAUAUUUUAAUAAGACUUUUUAUAAAUUAAUUUUAAUCAACAACCAAUCCUAUUUAAUGAUUAAUAUUACUUUGUCACAUUAACUGAUAAUCAAAUGUAUGUUUUCAAUGGAUAUGAGAAUCAAAAAAUUAAUAUUUCUCCAUUAUAUUACUAAUAAAUUCCAUAAUAAACUUCUAUUUUGUAUAUUGAUUAUUCAGAUUAAAUUUUAAUUCAAUCUGUAACUAAAGCAUCUCUUUAUCAAGUAAAUCAACCUAUUUUAGUGUUUCAAAGUUCCAAAUUAAAUUAAUAACUAAUCUUUAAUUAUACUAUUAAAGCAAUUAGCUCACUUAAUAAAUUUGAUGUCUGUAAAUAGAAGUUUAAAUAAUAAUCAAUUUCUGAAAAUUUUAUUCAAGUUCAAUAGUUUUAAAAUUGUUCACAAAUCAAUGCAAAUUUAUACAACCCUUAAAUCAAAUAAAUUGAUGUUGGAUUAUGUGCAUUAGGACCAAAUAUUACAUAUUCAGCUGGAACCUUUAUAAAAAUUGAAAAAUUAGGAAUUGAUACUUAAAUUGGAUAAUUUGCAGUCAAAGUUGAUGAAUUAGAACUCUUCUUUUAAGAAUUGGCCAUUUAUUAAAUCAAUUCCAUUUAUACAUUUUAAAGUUAUCCCAGAGAAUUCACCUAUUUUACAUAUCUGAUUAAUCCUUUAAAUAGUAAACAAUACAUUUAACUAAUUUAAUUUAACGAUUUUUAAAUUGAAUACUAAAUUUGCGAUAAAUGGAUAUGUUAAAAUACCACUAUUAUUAAUCUGGAUUAUAAACUGACAAUGUCCUAAAUAGGAGCAGAUAUAAGUAAAAAGGAAGAUUAUAUGUUAUUGAUAACAAAUGCUGCAACUUCAUAUUAAUUGUAUGUUUAUUAAUUUUAGAAUUUAAAACAAGUGGACAUACUAGUACUAAAUGUUGCAGAAGAUUUGAAUAUUGAUCCUACUUUUUCAAUUUAGUAAAUUAUGCUCUCAGGCCCUUAUUUAUACUUAAUUAUUGAUAAUCCUAAUUAAUUGGUAAUUUAUGAUAUAUACAAUUUCAAUUUAGUUUAGUUUGAUGCUACUAAUUUGUAGCCAAGAAAAUUGGAAUAAAAUUAUGCCUCUUAUUAAGAUAAUAUCUUUUUGGAUAACACAAUUAAUCUUAUCAUUUUUAAAAUGGUUAAUGGUUAAUUUACAGUCGGAGCAUAAAUUCCUUAUCCAACUAAUUCUGUCAGUGUAGCUUUAGGGUUACUCUAAGAUGGUGUUUAUAUAGCUCUCUAAAGCAAUUCAGGAUCAUCAUAUUUGUACUAUUAUUCAAGACAAUUAUUAUUUUAAAGUAUCAUAAAUUAACAGUUUGUAAUUCAAAUUCCUUUAUACAAUGCUUAAUAUAUUUAACCAAUGAUUAGUUCAUUCAGUUCAUAAUACUUCUAUAUUUAGAUGUUAAUGCCUGACAACAGUAUUUAACUAUGUAUUUUCAAAUCGGAUUAUUAUUUGCUUUAUUUAACCUAUUAUUUUAAAGAGCAAUUUUAUUCAAUAAGUGUAAUUUAUGUAGAUACUCUUCAGGAUUACGAUUUAAUUGGAUUUUAAUCUGCGUAAGAAUUUUCAAUUCUCUAAAACUAUUGGCAUGUUUCAGUUAUUUUAAACUCCGAAUUUUUGGUUCCUGGAAUUCAAUUACUUAAUGAUACAUAAAUUAUGCUGAUUUGUUCAAACAAUUAUAUAAAUGAAUACAUAUUUUCAUUUCCAGUAUCAGUCAACAAUCUAUAUUAUGAAAUUUAAAGAACAAUUUAAUCAGGUCCAAUUGUGAAUUAGACAAAUUAAUAUUUUGAUAUUAAGGUAAAUCCCUUAGAGUACUUUUCAGGAUCGAUAAUCAAUUACAAUGUAAAAUCUAGAGGAAAGAACGAUGCCUAUAUAAGUUAAUUUAUAAUUGAUCACUAUUUUAAUUUUGAACCAUCAAUAAAUAGCGCAACAUAUUCUGAAAAAAAAAAGUUAAUAUUUGGAGUGAAUGAUCAAUAUGCAGUUAUGUUUAAUUUGUAAAAUAACUAAACAACAAUUAUGUAUGAAUACAAUAAUAAUCAAUACACAAAUUGUCCCUUAAUUUUUGUAGAAUAUUAUCAAUAAUAACCUGUUUCAUUUUGUACAAAUAAUACAGAUACUUAUGUGUAUUUGAGUAAAGAUUAGAUUUAUUCAUUAUAAGUUCUUACAGGAACUGCUAUGCCAAAUUUAUUUAAUGGAUAUUAUAUGGAUUAUGUAUUGAUUAUGGGAUUUUAUCAAAAUUCAUUACCUAAUUGUUUAUUAAUUAAUACUUAUUAUAUUACUUGGACAGAUGCAUUUCUAAUGAAUUUGAUUGAAAAGACAGAGAAUUGUGUAUAUUAACUGUUUACAUUUACAAUGCUGAAUAUAGAUUUAAAUCCUAGUAAUCUAUCUGCACCUCAAUGUGUAGGUUGGAUAGGUAUAACAGAUGAUAUAUCAACAUUUCCAUUCCAUUAUAAUUGUUUUAACUUUUCAAAUCCAAUGAUGGCAGUAAAUGUUUAUACACCAAAGUAACUCUUUAUUUAAUCUAUACUUUCUAAUUCAAUUCAAUUAAUUUAGAUUUCAUAAAUAGGAAAACCUAUUGUCUACACUAACUAUUCUGAAAUAAAACUCUUAUUUGGAAGUCAAAAUAAUGCAUAUUCAUUUAUAGUUUUUGUUUAUUAAGAGAGCAUUAAGAUUGGUGAUUAAUUACUGAUAUUUUAAUAAUUUAGUAAUCAAAAGGCCAUUCAAACAGUAAGUGGUUAUAAUAGUAAAGGUAUUUUAACAGUGAUUUCAUUGUUUUAAUAAAAAGUAGGGUCUUAAAUAUUUCAAACAUUGUGUAUAUAUUAACCAUUUAAUUUUGAUUUUCCAACUAAAUUAAAGGUGAUAGAAUUUCUAUUUUGUAGAACUUUACAUUAUUCAUAACCAUAUACACAAAAAUAUACACCCUUUAUAUUUUAUUUGACUGAUGAUUUGUUACUUACAAACCAACAAAUGCUUAAAAUUUCUUAAGAACUUAAAAUUUCAGUCUAUGCAUUCCCUCAUUCUGAAAGUCUUAUUUAUUUAAAUGCUUCUAAUUUUGAUUCAUUCCAAAAUUUAACAAUAAAUAUUAUUUAAAUAGAUUUACAUCGUACUUAUGUUGGAUGGAUUGUGUUUGCUAUAUUAAUUGUACUCUCUAUAGCAAUAAUUUGGGGAUAUUAAUAUAUCAAGAAAUUACGCAACAUAAAUACUGAUACUGAAAAUUAUAUUGAAUUAUGA